ACACUGAGGCAUGAUGGGUGUGCUGUUGUAGUUUCAUUUUUUGUGGCUCUGGUUCUUGAUAGAGUCGUGCUAUCUCCACUCUUUUGUGCUUUUUUGUGUAUAUUAAUGACAAUUAGGAAGUUUGUCCUGUGGCUCAUGGCUGAUCCUGGUGCUGUGUUUGAUUGACUGGGUCAUGGUAGUACUGCUGAAUGGGCUUUGGUCGAUCCGGCGGAGAGGAAGAACAAAAUGGCAUGGGUUCAAACCAGAGAGUUUAAAGUGUAUGAACAUGGAGGACGAAAUACAGAGAUCUGUGAACAAUUUACAAGGAAGAUUGAAGAAAAAGGAUAUUUUAAAGUAUCAGUUCGUACUGACAUUAAGUCUUUUCUCUAUGUUCAUGAAGUUACCCGGGUUUUUCAUGACAUUAAGAGUGCACUGAAUAGUGCUGGAAAUAUCAAUUCCUAUGCUGCAGUGGUUAUAUUUAGGAAAUUAACACCAUAUGAAAAACCAGACUCCAGUGAUCUCUACUCCACACCCCUGCCCUUGGGGAUCCCUAAUGAGUUACCCAUCGUUGCAUGCUACUGGUUUGAAAAUGACUGUAAGCAACAACUGUGUGACUGUGAGGAAAACAAGGAGUCUGUGAAGAAGCUUGUUCGCUUAAUAAAAAGAGAGCUGCAAACAGACACGGACAGCGGGUCCCCUAGCAGCAAGUCAAGCAGGUGGACCAACUUCUGGAACAGUUUUUCUUUUGGCAGUCUUGGAGGACAGUCAUCUGCUCCGGCAAGAGAUGAGCCGAAACCAGAGCCGUGGCGUGAAGAUGAAUUUAGUGAUGAAGCUUACAUGAAACUUCAAGAAGAAAUACAAAACCACCAACCACACCCUAAGGCUUCCACAACUAAUAUUCUUAUUACGGGCAAUGUGGGUUCCGGAAAGUCAAGCUUUCUAAAUUCUGUGCUCUCAGAACUCAGGAGAGAAGAACUCAACGGCAGAAUGCAAAACAUUGAAGCCGUGAGACCAGGUGCACAAACAAGCGUCACACAACAUCUAAGAUGCCACAAAUUCACUGAGAAGAUCAAAAUCUUUGAUACAGCAGGAUUUGAAUUGGAGAAAACAGAAAAUGCCAUGAAAAUAUUAAAGAUCAUAGAUGGUGAAGUGGCUGAAGGCUCAAAGUUUGACGAUAUUCUGAAAACAAAAAGCUCAAUGGAAGGAGACAAAAUCCACUGUGUUGUGUUGGUUAUAUCAAUUCACAGCGCUGAAAAUCUGGCCUUGAUUCAGUUUUAUAAAGAAUUCAUUGGAAUGCUCACAGAGACUGGAGUACCAUGCCAGCUGCUUGUUACAUGCGUUGAUGAACUUUUUGAGAAGACUGAGGAUUUGAAAAGUCUGUACAGGAGAAGAGAUAUAAAACAAAAGAUUGAAAUGUUAGCAAAGGAGAUGAGAAUUUCAAUGUGCAAUGUCCUUGUGGUUUCAAACUACUUCGAGGGGGAGAAAAUUAACCAAAUAAAAGGAACUCUGCUGUUGGAGGCGUUUGCUCAAAUGCUGAUGGCUGCAAAACCCUUUCAAGAGAGAAUGUAGAGUAUCACCUGUCACACCUGAAGCACGCUGAGUCCAUUACUCAAUUGGUUAAUUGAUUGCUAAUCGGAGAAUAGUCACUUGGUAUAUGGGGAAGUUGAUUCCUUUGUUUGGAGAGAGCCUGGGAGCAGCAGGAGGCUGGUGUCCCAGAUACAAGAAGUAUCACCCAGUCAGCGCUAUCACAGAGUUGCUUUUUGUAUUUAUGAAAAUUCAAAUCAUACUCUUUGUACACUUUGUUAAAUCCAUUUCUAAGCUGUCAGCUUUGCAUAAACAGAAAAAAUGUCAAUAAGCAGCUCUGAAUUAUUCAGCAUGUAAUCUACUGUUUUAUUAUCAUUUUAUGAUUUUUUUUUUUAAAAUACUCUACUUGAGUACUCUUGUUUAAAUCUAGUUCUGACGUCAAUUAAUGAUCUUUGAAUUAAUCAGCAAUAACCUUUGCUGAACCUUACAGCUUACAGAUACUCUGCAAUAAUGUUAAAGACUGGGGAAAAUGAAGAAUGUAAAUCACAGGUGAGCAUGAGUCUUAGUUUUCAUAACAUCAUAAAUGAAAUGGGAAUGAUGUUUUUUUGAAAUAAAUAAAUAAAAUAUGCCUUUGUUUCCUAUUUACGCAGCACUCAUGUUUGCUGUUGCUAUUGUAUUGUAUUGUAUUGUAUUGUAUUGUAUUGUAUUGUAUUGUAUUGUAUGGUAUUGUAUUGUAUUGUAUGGUAUUGUACUGUACUGUAUUGUAUUGGCCAGUCUGUCUAAUAAGGGGGUUCAUUCAAACACCUUUCAGAUGUAUUAACUUCAGGAUGUUCACAUUACUAACCACUGUAUUUGAAAAUCCCAUCUCAUACAUUUCCCAUGUACUGUAAUAUAGCUUCCCUUAUAAAAUUGCUUGGAUAAAUUAAGUGCUGUGAUUGGCUGAACAAAAUCACAUGACUGUGGUAAUAAUUGUCUUACCGCACGGCUAUGACAUCAUAGACCAACUUACUUACCUGAUCUAUUAAUAUUACUACGCCUUAAUAGUAACAAUGAUCUAAACAGUGUUUCUGUAGGUAAAAAUGUCAACAUACAACUGAAACAGCAUUUAAAUCACUCAACAAUCUUUUUUUUCAUCUCUGUCACUUAGAAUUACAGAAAAAAUGGCAAAUAUACUGUGGUAUUUAUUUAGUCAGAGAACAGAACAAAGAAAACUCUGAGGCAAAAGACAUCUGAGAAAUCACCACGCAAGUCUCAUUCUGCAUGUAAUAUAUACAGGCACCCUUGAUAAAGAUGAGCAAAAAAGGCUGUAUAAAAUAAACAACACAGGUAAUGAGCUAUAUUUUAUGCUCAAAUAUAUGGGAAAACUAUAUUCUUUUAUUCUAAUACAAUUGCUCAGAGAAAAAAGGUUUUUUUUUAUUAACAAGUAAUAGGGCAGCAGUGUGAAGUAGUGGUUAGGGCUCUUGACUCUUGACCGGAGGGUUGUGGGUUCAAUCCCCAGUGGGGGACCCUGCUGCUGUACCCUUGAGCAAGGUAUUUUACCUAGAUUGCUCCAGUAAAAAUCCAACUGUAUAAAUGGGUAAUUGUAUGUAAAAAUAAUGUGAUAUCUGUAUAAUGUGAUAUCUUGUAACAAUUGUAAGUCGCCCUGGAUAAGGGCGUCUGCUAAGAAAUAAAUAAUAAAACAUUUUCUCAAAAAGAUAGGUGUCAGAAUUAUUGGCACCCCUAAAUAUUCCU